GCCAGCCAGAUACGGAAGACGCAGGAAAGCAGGGUGGACGAGACAUAGAGGAAGUAGACGAGUCUCAGGACAGCACAUAGAUUAAUAUAAUAAAAAUGGGUUAAGUUCAGCUGCCGGUCUGUUGCACAUGUGUUUGUAAGGCCACCCGCUCCUUACCAUGCAGAGCCCACUGAAGAGUUGCCAUGAGCAAAGCCCACCCUCUUGAACUGAAGAAAUUUAUGGACAAGAAGUUAUCAUUGAAGUUAAAUGGUGGCAGACAUGUACAAGGAAUAGUUUGGGGCUUUGAUCCCUUUAUGAAUCGUGUGAUUGAUGAGUGUGUGGAGAUGGCAACUAGUGGGCAACAGAAUGACAUCAGCAUGGUGUUCAUACGAGGAAAGAGCAUCCUCAUGUUAGAAGCCUUGGAAAGAGUCUAAACAAUGGCUGUUCAGCAGGAGUUCACAUUCUUCCUCGAAGGACUGUUUGACUUGGGUGUAGAAUUGGGUCAUGUACAUUUUCAUUUAAAAAAAAAAUACUUUUUGCUAAAUAAACUUUUGUGAUACUCAGAAAAAUAAAUUAAUGAAUAAAAAUGGGUUGAAAUUUAA